GAGGAGCCAAAAAAGAGAGAGAGAUGUAUGGAGGGAAGUAGGAUGAUGCAGAGAGGGACAGACCGCUAGUUGGGAUGGGGAGAGCUGUGAGGGAAGAUCUCUAAUAAUAGCUCACAGAGAGCACUGCAGGAAAGUGAGAGAGAGAGAGAGAGAGCGUGCAGGAAAAGUGGUACAUGCAUCAAAGCAAAUCUACUAAAUGGAACAUGCUUAACCAGAGCAGUGAAGGAGCGAAAUGUAAAGAGAGCAGGGAAAGUUGAAAGCACAUGCUCUGCGUUCCUGCAUGCAUGAAACUUCGGAAAGGAGCAAAAGACAAAUAGGAGACACAGGGAGAAAGAAUUACGAGGAGUGGUCAGUGAAGCAGAAUUACAGAUCACAAGUUUCUCCGAGGAAAACACAAAGGAGAUGUGAUCUCGCACAAAGUGUCCUGGCAACACUUAGGAGACAUCUGUAACCUCAGAAUUCCUCGGAAGUUUACUCUGUUAAGAAUAUUUCUGUGCAAGUUCACGUCUCAUUCAGAUAGUGAAUUUGAACACAUGCACAACAAGACUGUGAAUCAUGCCCUCGGCCCGCCUUUUGCCUGACGAUGCAGAGGUGUGAAAGCCACGAAUCUGAGGUCCAUCGUAGCCCCUCAUUGGACAGUGUAGAGUCUGAGUUUGCCCGGGCGACUCGUCGGGGUCACCGUCUGGCUGUAGGGGCAUUUUAUGGCUCCCGAGGGUCAAAUAUCAAAGAUCAAACGACGCUGAGAGACGGCACGGUAGUCACGGCCCCGCUGGGAAGGAAACAUCAGGAUAAGUGCUUGUCUGCCUCUGGGAAGUAUGUGGUGUUUUACCUAGACUUGUCGUUUGUCUUCUUCCUAGAGUUUGAGAAGCUGAAGAUGGCACGUGGAUGCUUGUGCUGUGUCAAAUACAUGAUGUUCCUUUUCAACCUGCUGUUCUGGUUGUCAGGCUGUGGGUUGUUAGGUGUGGGCAUUUGGCUGUCCGUUUCUCAGGGCAGUUUUGCCACAUUCUCCCCAUCAUUCCCCUCCCUCUCCGCCGCCAAUCUGGUCAUUACCUUGGGCUCCGUCGUCAUGGUAACUGGCUUUCUGGGAUGCCUCGGUGCCAUCAAGGAGAACAAGUGCCUGUUGCUGAGUUUCUUCAUUGUUUUAUUGAUUAUUCUGCUGGCAGAGUUGAUUCUGCUCAUCCUUUUCUUCGUGUACACGGACAAGGUUAGUGAGAACGCUAAACAGGAUCUAAAAGAAGGCCUGCGGCUCUACAACACGGACAAUAACAUUGGCCUCCGCAACGCCUGGAACAUUAUACAGGCUGAGUGGCAGUGUUGCGGUGUAACCGGGCACACAGACUGGCAUGAUGCCCUACAGGAGAAAGCGGUGCCAGACAGAUGCUGCCAGGAGCAUUAUAGAGAGUGCGGUCGUAAUGCCACCAACAUAUUCUGGUCACAGGGUUGCUAUGAGAAGGUUGAGGAAUGGCUAAAUGACAACAAACAUUUGCUGGGAACCAUUGCAAUGUGUGUGCUGGUCUUACAGCUGCUUGGAAUGGCCUUCUCCAUGACCUUAUACCAGCAAAUUCACAGAGCGGGGAAGAAAUAUGAUGCCUAGUGAAAACCCAGUGUUGCGUUGCAUAAAUAAACUCCCAGAACACCUUGUGCAUUAUUUCACACCCUGUUUCAUGCCAGCACAAUAUUACCUGUAAAAAGGAAGCUUUUCUUGACUCAAAGUUGAAAAGCGUAAUCAAUUUUAAUUACGUAGAGCUGCCUGCAGAUAUAUUUGCUCUGCCAACUUUUUUUUUUUUUUUUGGCCUGAAAUCUAACAGCGACUGUAAGAUAAAAACUAAUGAAUGGAAUGUUUUUGAGAAGAAAUUAUCGAUGUUUGUGCCAACAUAGUCAUCAUCAACAUUUUGGGCUUGGAAGUGAUCUGGAAGUAUAUGAACUGAUCAAGAAUGCCUACGUCACUCAAGACCGGGAGUUGGUAUGACAACACAGCGCACACAGAUUGAUACAGUCAAUAUUUCUUUCUUGGACACUUAUGUAUACAUAGAUGCAGUUCCUUCUCUUGUUGUAAUGUAUCAAUAGCAUGCUGUAUAUAUUUCACAUUCAUGUAAGCAAACUGUUCAGUUGCACUGAAACAAUCCUUUAUCUGUUGCCUGUUGUGUUAUUCUCUCAUUUAAAGUAAUAUUUUCCCCAAAAACUGAAAAGGCUAUCAUGUACUCCAAACCUGUCAUUCCAAACCAGCAUGACUUUUUUUCUUCUGUUGAACACAAAACACUUGUGUGCUAUAUUCCAGUCGGAUAAUAACUUGAGAACUGCUGCAACUUGAUCGAGUCAGUGAGUUGAACUUUAGAACCGAAUCAGUUCGAUUUAUAAAUGAAUCAUUCAGACUGUUUUUCUAAACGUGAUUAUCCGAUUUAUUGAAAAGAUCAGACUCAAAAGAAUAACUUAUUCAUUAAUUAGACAUUUCUACUUUUCUCAAGAAUGCGCCAAAAGAGCAAGGGCAGACGUCAAGAUGUUAUGUGACUUAAAUUUUCUUACACAGCUAUAGAGCUGUUCAGUUGUGAAGUCAAUUUGUAGGCAAACCCUGAAGGCUAAUUCGCCAUGGGGUCCGCAGGAAUUUCCGCUGGGUUUUUAGAAUAAGGACUUUAGAAUUUCGAGUAAAAUAAGAUCUGUCGCGAAAAUUAUCGACAGAGACUUUCGCGUUUUGUUCUAGAACUGAAAUGACACAGUCAUACCUUAACCGUGGAUUUUGAAGCCGUUGUGUUUUUUUUUAAAUGCAUGUUGCUAACCCAUUGCUAAAUAAGAACUACAACUCUCGUCUGUUUCGUAAAGCCCUUAGCUCUUAUGUUCAUGGUAGUUGUAGUUCUUAAUUAGCAUUGUGAUAGCAACACAUGUUUUUAAAAAACAUAGCAGCUUUAUAAAAAAAAAUUUGAGGUAUGACUGUGUGUAAUUUAUGUUUUAGAAUAAAACGUGACAGUCCGGCCAUAUUUUACUCAUAAAUCUAAAACUGCCUUUAUAAAAACCCAUAGGAAAUUUCUGAGGGAACCCAUGGCUCAAAAAUGCUAAUCGUCUUUCGAGUUUUUGAACUACAACCUGAACAUCUCUAUUGUAUAGCUUCAGAAUAAUUUGAGUGUCAUGCACAAGUUGAAUGGACCACUUUGAUGGUGGUUUUGAUGGCCUUUUUGAAGCUUUAAAGCUUUAGUCACCAUUCAUUGUGAUUGUUUGGAAAAGAGCGAUCAGCCCAGUCUUCAGAAUUUCUCCUUUUGUGUUCCAUGGAAGAAAGACAUACAGGUUUAAAACAACAGGAGGUGAGUACAUAAUCACCUUUCCUAUUCCUUUAAUAUGAAUGUAUGUGUUUAUUGUAAAAAAGAAAAAAGAGUGUAUGUUAUAUGUUCGAGAGAGACUGGGCGUAUUAUUGUAUCACAUGGACUAGUCAUCUGCUUGCUUGGGGGCUUUGUGUCCGGAUGACUCUCUUCUCGUCUCUGUCUACUCUCUUUUGUUUUGUUGUUCACUGAUCUUUUCAGUGUGCAUCUGUACUGCCGGGAGGCAAACGAGCUGUCCUACUUCGCCUACCGUCAGGGAAGAGAGGGAGAUGAGAUCAAAGGAUGCAGGAUAUAGAGCCCAAGAAAUAAGAGGGAAAAAAUACCUAAUAACGGCCUCUCUUGAAAACAAACGGCAUCAUGCAAUGACACUUGAAAGAGUGCAAUGAGACAUAACCUAUAAGCCAUAACCACAGAGAGCCGUUACUAUCUGUAGGAAUUCCUAAUACACAUUAAUUUUCGUAUUCCAUUUGUGAGUGGUAUAGGUAUGUUUGGACACACGGAUACUAGACGCAUCAAUAUUGAAGUAUUGGAGUUAUCAGGAUAAUUUAUUACGAAGAAACAUAAUUUGUGAUAUAUAUUCAUAACUUUAACUGACAUAUUGUUCAAAAAUAUAUAUAUUUUAAGAAACUGUUACUGCUUGAUAUUAGUAUGAAAAAAUGUCUCAAAAUUGCCUUUGAAAAUUGGCUAGAAAACCAGGGGAAAAAAAUCAAUAUUGAUAUUCCAGCACACAUAAUGGUUUAGCACUGGCAAGCUACUGUAAGUAAUAAAUAUGAAUUUUGAGGGAAAUAAUUUAAAGAAAUGUUCCAUUUCCAACACAAGUUAAGCUUAAACGACAGUAUUUGUGGCAUAAUGUUGAUUACCACACACAAAAAAAAAAAAAAAAAAAUAUAUAUAUAUAUAUAUAUAUAUAUAUGGAUGCAAAUGGGGCCGAUUCGUAAACGUUAAACUACCCACUGUUACAAAAGUAUAGCCACAAGAUUUAAACAGUAUGUGUGUUAACAUGAUUUUAGUGAGAUAAAAUUGCAUGCUAAAAUUUUCUGUGUAAAGUUAUAGCCAAAUUUACAACUUUGUUGCCAUUUUACAAUUAUAAGCUCUAUAUUUCUGCCUUUAAGCCCUCCAAACAUUGGCCAAAUUCCCUUCCAGUGGAGGUGCCUCAAUGUAACCUUGAUUUUUGCUUUUUGUAAAGAAAGCUAAUAACAGAGGCAUGUGUUGAAAUACAAUUUUGUGGUAAUCAACAUUAUGCCACAAAUGCUGUUGAUUGAGCUUAGCUUGUAUUGAACCAAGAAUAUUCCUUUAAAUCAGAUGCAUAUCACUGAUCAAAUAUUUAAUGUUCUGUAUUGGCAUGUUGUAAAAAACUAAUUUAAAUGUCUAUAGACUUUAUUCAGAGUAGUGCUAUAUUAAAUUUUCAAGGGGAAUAAAAACAAGGCUGUGAGGAAUGGAUUUACAGUCUCUACAGUAGGUUGGGGUUGAUAAAAGUGAGAAA